AUGCCAUGCAUUUUUGAUCAGCCAGAUGAUGAUUUCUGCGAAACUUUUUGGGCAUAUAUCUCGAGAAAGGCUUCAGAUAGACAGAAAAUUACUUUAAAUAGCUCUUGCCAUCAUGGAUAUCUUACUUUUUUACAUAAGGGUAAUCAAAAAAGAAGAUAUUUUAUAUUAAAAGACUCUUUUUUAUAUUACUGCAAGGUAAAAAAUAUUUAGUCAUACAAAGAUCUUACUCCUCUCAUCAUGGGGGCAAUUAAACUAUUUGAAAAAUCUCUAUUUUCAACAACUCCUUCAUUGGCCAAUAUUUGUAUAAUUAAGUUUAAAAAUUCAUAAUUAAUUAUUAUAAUGAAUCUCUCAAGCAAUUUCAUUCAAUAUUAGACAGAUUGCAUUCUCAAAUAUAAACCUAAUUAAUUAAAUUAGAUUUGUUAGAAAUUUUUAACAAAAAAAAUUUAAUAGGGAAAGUUAGGAUAAUAAAAUACACAAAUAUAUCAUGGAAAAGGCUUGAAGUUUUUACAGAAACUCAAGAAAAACUCGAAAAAUUUGGCUUCAAAAUAGUAGGAAGCCGAGGUAGCAUGGAUUUUUACGUUGAUAAUGAAGAUUCAUUAGCAAAGUGAUUGCCAAGCCUCCAGCAACAAAUGAUCAAUAUCGACAUAGAAGACGACUAUAUUUUCAUCAAAGAAGUCGGAAAAGGAAACUUUGGAUACGUAUUCGAAGGUGAGUGCAUUGAAAACAGAUCAAAAGUUGCUAUAAAAUCCAUUACAAAAUCUAUGGUCAAGCGAAGCUAUCUCGAACGAAUAGUUAAAGAAAUCGAAAUUCUUCGAAAAAUCAGGCAUCCAUAUAUUGUAAAUAUUUUGCGCGUUUAUGAAAGUGAAGAUUGCGUUCACCUAGUCUUAGACUACGUUGAAGGUGGAGAACUCUACCAAACAAUCCUUCACAAAAGUAAAUUCAGUGAAAGAAAAGUUGCAAAAUUUGCGAAUAAAUUUUUACAGCUGAUGGUUUUUAUGCAAGAAAAAAAUAUUGUACAUAGAGAUUUAAAGCCAGAAAAUAUUCUUUUAGUGAAUAAAAAUAGAAUCACCAAUUUCAAAUUGUGUGAUUUUGGCUUCGCAGAAGAAGCCAGCGACGAAGGGCUUGAUUUAGUGUGUGGGUCGCCAGGAUAUGUAGCCCCUGAAAUAUUAAACCAACAAAAAUAUUAUUUUAAAGCUGAUGUUUUCAGCCUUGGGAUUAUAUUGUAUAUAUUGUAAGUUUAACAUAGAUUGAGUGGAAGAGCUCCUUUUUCAGGAAUUAAAGCAGCAGAAAUUCUGAAAAAAAAUAAAAAAUGCCACAUAGUAUUUUAUAAUAAAUAUUGGAGAAACAUCAGCCCAGAAGCUGCAGCUUUUGUAUCAAAGCUGACUGAUAUAUCGCCACUUUCCCGAUACUCAGCAGUUGAGGCAUUAAAUGACAAAUGGCUUCAAAUGAAUCACAAAAAACAAAAAUUCAAUGAAGCAGAAAAAACUUUUAUUCCAUUAGAAAUCCCAGUUGUUUCUCCACAAACUAGAGACCCUGACUGACAGUCUGGGAAUGACAAAAUUUUAAGCAUUUAUGACAUGAAAAAAUUAUCGAAAAAUGAGCCAUUAAAAAAGCUGACUGAAAUGCGAAGACCAAGCAACACUCAUAUUAAAGGAGUUAUUAAAGAGCUUCGAAUGUUCGAUUUGGCGCUAAUGAAACGAUAA